CAGAGCUAUCAGGCUCAGUCUGCAUGACGUCGACUAGACAGAUUUGUCCAGCUCACUCUCAGCUCAGUAAUGCGGUACCGUCAGCUGGAUGUCUGCCAGGCUGCAGGUGGAUUUGAGUAACUCGUCUCUCUCCGGCAGGACGUGAUGUGAAAUAAAGUAUGGCCCAAACAGCACACAGCUCAGAGAAUGUGAGCUGACUUUCAGUGCUAUCAUACUGGGAAUUGACCAGCAGUCAAAGUGGGUGUCUACUUACUCCUACCAGACAUCACUUCACAAGAAAUAGGUUACAGCAUAAUAAAACAUAUUCUCAUCCCCAACAGAACAUUAAUAGGAUGAAGCUGUUACAGUUGAUGCUUCUGUUCAGUUUUACGCUGGUUGCAGAAUUUCUUGAAGUCAACAAUGUCAUCAAGGGGGAGGCUGUCCGUCUGCCUCUUUACCCUCUAACAAACACAGAGUGCUUCUGGCACAGAAAUGGAACACUGAUCGGCUCCGACGCAGAGCAGCGAGUGUUCUGCCAAGCAGGGUAUCUCUUCUUCCUGCCAGUUCUUCAUAAUGACUCUGGAGUAUACCGGCUAACAACCAAGCAAGGUCAAUCAGACCUAGCAGUCCAGGUCUACGAUGCGGAACCUUUCAAUCGAACCCUCCUGUAUAAUUGUGUACUUGGGUCACCUGCCACUAAUCCCAGGGUCUCGUGCCCUCAUGGAGUAUGGAUGUUAUGUCAGGAUGUAAGAGGAAGUGUCACAUGGUAUAAGGAUUUUAUACACAAACCCAAGAUGUCAGAGGAUUAUUUUCGGAUUUUUAACGCAUCUAAAGAGCACGAAGGGAUUUAUACCUGCAGGUGCACAUGGAUGCACAUGAAUAAGACAUUCAUUACAUCCGCAUCCAGGGAAUUCAAAAUUAUAGGCCCAAGUCCUGUCACCUAUCCUCCAUCUUUCAGAUUUCCCGCCAAUGGCACAGUCGAGACUGGAGAGUUAGGUUCUCUAAAGGAGAUGGUCUGUAAAGUUUCCUUUGGGUACUGCCAGGAACACUGUGAGGUUUGGUGGGAGAUACGUGGGACUGAUCCUCAGAAGGACAAAACUGCCAACUGUACGAACAGCAGGUUCUUUAUGGAAACAAGCAGGGAGAAAGAAAACAACAUGAAUAUUUACAAGGCGGUUUUGACCAUCUGUAAAGUGACCAUGGAAGACUUCCAAGCUUCCAAGUUUAGGUGUGUCGCGAUGACACUUAACCGAUGGGACUUUGUGACGGUCUCCUUGACAAGAAGCGAGACAGCGUAUAAAGACCUGAUAGUACACCUGAGUGUUAUGGCGGUCCUGGUCCUGACUACUGCAGCUUUCAGGGUCUUCAUGAUAGAUUUGGCUCUUAUUUUUCGAGAUGUUUUUAAGAUGCAUAGCAGUAUAAAAGACGGAAAGGUGUAUGACGCCUUUGUCAUGUAUCAGACACACAACAUGGAAAGGAGAACUGAGGAGAGAAUCGCUCAUUUUGUUUCCAAUGUUCUGCCUGAUGUACUUGAGCGAAAGUACGGUUACAGCCUAUUCAUCUGUGGAAGGGACGACCUGCCAGGAGAAGAUUGUGUGGAGAUGGUGCAGAGCCGUGUGAAGCUGAGCCGGAGGCUGGUGGUGGUCCUAACCCCAGCCUGCACUGGUCCAGAUGGCACAUCUGCACCAGUGGCCGAAGAUGCUACCUUCCAGUUAGCUCUGCAUCAGGCACUAGUCCAGGAGGAGCUGAAGAUCAUCCUGAUCGAGUUGGAGAGGAUGGACGGAUACUGCCACUUGCCCCAAGCCCUGCAGCACCUCGCCCGCAAAACCACACCUCUGCGUUGGGAGGAAACUGGCUGCAGCUCCGGAAUGUUCUGGAAGCGUGUGAGGUACCAGAUGCCUCCAGCACCCAUCCACCUGUCAUAUGAUUCCUGCAUGAGGAAACUACAGCCAGAGAUUCAAACACCACUGAACAUUUACCACUGAAUGUUUAAGGGUGUGAUGAUGAGCUCUCUUCAGGCCACAGCAAAUUCAUAUAUAUAGAUACACACACACACACACACACACACACCUGUUGUUACGGGCCGUAAGUUUCCCAUGGCUGUGCUCGUGUUUUCGCUUCAGCUCCGCCUUGUUUUCUGGUUUUUGAUUCCCGUCUCGCUCUUUUUGUACCUUCGCUGUGGUUGAUGUUCAAUCUCCCCGCUCCAUUUUCUUUGGUUUAUGUCUUCGCUCGCCCCCCUCGGACACUCGCUUCGACUUGUGUGCCUGUUCUGCGUGUGUGAUGGUAUUGGUGCGUAGGGAGUGACGGCCAUUUUGUUUUGCGAGUGUGUGUUUGAUUGUGUUUAUUUGGUUAGGGAGUCAAUUGUAGGGUUUGUCUUUUGAUUUCCUUUUCUUUUUCACUGAGCGGAGAUUGGCUGUGGGUUGCUUGGCAGUUGAGGAUUUUUGUUUGUUAAUUUAACCAUGGUCAUUCCCCUUUGCACCAGGUUAUUUGUUCAAUAUCAGUUUUGUGUGUGUGAAUAAAAUAUAAAAAUACAAAAAAUCCCUUGUUCCCCUUACCCUGUUUGUCCUUUUAUCCAAUUCCCCUUUCCCUUUAAUGCUGUUACACUCCAAACCUAGACUGGAGCUCGUAACGCUGUAUAUACUGUAUGCUAUGGAUCAGUUAUCCCUGUAUGUGCUUUCACUGUAGCAUGUUUCAGUUGUCAGAAUUAUUCAUCAUUUCACAUUAAAUUCCUAUUGUCCAGAA